AUGAAACGAAAAACUCAAACAUACGUCCUUCUAGGUCUCUUCAUCGCCAGCCGCUUAGGCGUCUACACGUCUCGUAGGAAAGUGGACAAAUCAACUCGACCAACUACUCUUGGCUCCGACUCCGACUCCAAAUCCAACACUCAUUUUGACCCCGUCUACAAGUUUGAUUACAACUCCAACUCUGACUUUGAUACCGAAUCACAGUCCGACUGA